AUGUCGAAUAUUCAACGAACACGUCGCAUUCCUAAUGCAGGUGGUCAAAUAUUAAUUGAAAAUUGGGUUGAAGAACGUGCAACUGAACAUAUUGAUCAUCGAAUCGAACAACAUAAAAAAAAUCAACACACUCCAGCAUCAUCAUCGUCGUCAUCACCGGUUGCUAUUAAGAAAACUGCUCAUACUGCUAUAUUAACACAACAAUUGCAAGCUCCUCUCGAUAAUGUAACAACAUAUCGUCAGAAUUAUAAUAAAUUUGGGCCAUUUGAACAAAAAGAACAAGGAGCACGACGAAAACGCCUUGAAAAUGAAUUAACACGCCAAGUUGCUUCAGAAUUAAAUGCACGUAAACGUGAAUAUGAUGAAAUGUUACGUCAACAACGUAUCGAAGAAUCCAACAGUGAAUAUCGUACACAAUUCAAUAAAGAAGAAUUUGAAUCUAAGCCACCACCAGCUACACAGCCUCAUGACCUUGCUCGUGAAAUGCCUGUUUCGUUUUGGACUGAACAUCGACAUACAACUCAUGGUGUCACACAAUUAAAAACAUUUAAUAGUCCAUUUCAUCGAAAUGCAAGUUUUAGUACACCUGUCGAACUAACAUAUGAAGGUGCUCGUCCUCAUGAAAUGGAACAAUGGCCAAUUUAUUCACAAAAAUCACUUAAUGACGCUAAAAUUUGCUGA